CAAAAGGGUACUGAAAACAAAAUGUAUACUAAGUUAGAUUAUCGUAGUGGUUGUAAAGCGAAAUUACAAUUUUCUAUUAGUUCUGAUGGUGAAUGGACUGUCUCAAAGCAUAUUAUUGAUCACAACCAUGCUUUCUGUCCAAUUGGUCAAAGACACCUGCUGAAAUCACAUAGAGGCGUUGAUCGUGAGUAUCUUGAAUUUAUUAUGUUGAUGAAGGAGAGUGGAACAAAGGUUUCAGAUGUUCACAGGAUGCUUCAAAAACAGGCUGGUGGUGUUAGUGCUCUUGGAUUCACAAAACGUGAUGCUUAUAACGUUCUAGAAACUGAAAGAAGUAAAACGGUUGAUGGUACUGAUUCGAACACUUUGAUUGGUAUAUUGAAGAAAAGGGCUGAAGUAGAAUCUGAUUUUUUCUUUGAUUUUGAGCUGGUUGAUGGCGUACUGAGUUGUUUUUUCUGGAGAUAUGGUCAAAUGAAAUCCGAUUAUGAGAGGUUUGGAGAUCUAGUUGUGCAUGAUACAACUUACAGGACUAACAAGUAUGAUAUGAUAUGUGCGGCUAUCAAAUCUGUGUUUCCUGGGGCAAGACAUAGACUAUGCACUUGGCAUAUAGAUGAGAAUUCAAAGAAACACAUCAUGCAUCUAGCAAGAAGAUAAAUUUUGUUUCUCUUUUUUAUUAUGUUGUCAAACGAUGUGAUACUGUUGCAGAGUUUGAUUUCUAUUGGAAUGAAUUGAAUAGAAUUUAUGAAUGCAGUGACAACACAUGGUUGAAGAGGCUGCACAGUCAUAAAGAAAAGUGGUGUCCUGCUUUUUCGAAGGAUUACUUCUCUGGUGGUAUUCUAUCCUCGCAAAGAAGUGAAUCUACAAAUAGAUCCAUAUCUAGAAGACUUACAAAGACCGCAACAUUAUGUGAUUUUUACAAAAUGUUUUGUGAUGUUGUUGAUGAGUGGAGGUUAGAGGAGAAUGGUCAUGAUUUUAGAUGUUCCGAAGGCACCGUUGAGAUGGUAUUGCUGCAAGACAGUUUGUUGUCUCAUGCGAGAGAUGUGUAUACCCUUGAGAUUUUCAAAGUGUUCCAAGAACAAUAUUUGAAGGAUGGACAAAGGCUGCCAUUCUGCCAAAUGUUAAUCUUUCUCUUACGCACGGAACCGAUAUUAUGUUUGGCAAAAUAUUGGAAGAUUCUGUUUGGAGGGUGCAAAUGACUAGGAAAUUCAACUCAGUAUUGGGUGCAAGUGCUGGUUUUCCUGAAGCUAGGCGAGUAUGUGAACAAGGAUACGAGUCUAUUAAACAAUUUUUGGAUAUACAAAGAAAUUCUUCUGUUUUGGAUGAAUCUGCUUCAAGAACAAUAUUGGAUCCUCCACGCUCUCGUCCUAAAGGUUAGCGAAAUACCCGAAAGAGAAGUAUUGUUGAGAAACAGUGCAAAAUAGUCAAAGCUCGUCGUUCCAAAUCCCAAAAUGUUGCCUCCAAUUCAAAAGCAGUUGCUCAAUCUGUUGUACAGGACACUGUUAAUUUCAUGGUUCCACAAGGUUAUGUACUUGCUCAUCCAGUUGGAGGAAUGACGUCUUUAAUGCAUGUGCCUAGAUCUCCACAAGUUUUUGCUCCAUACUUCAUGCAAUCAAAUGCUGUGAACCAAAUGCAGAAUUAGUUAUAGUCACACAGUUUACAUAUCUUAUUGUGGGUUAUUACUAUUGUUGCAACCUGAGUUAUAUUUGAUUUUAUGGAAUUUAUAUUGUCUUUACAGACUUUGUAAUGAAGUUUGUUUGCUCAGUCACUGCUCUGUAACAGUUGUCACAUUUUUUUUGCCUUGAGUUACAUAGUUCUGUAACGUGAUAUACAUUUGUUGUGGUCAUUGUUUACAUCAGAUAUAUAUUACUUCUAUA